ACGCCUUUUUUCAUACUAUAGUUAUGGAAUGUACUACAAAUGAUUUAUUUCUGAGCCAAUUAUUUUGUAUCUUGCACACAAAAAUAGUAUCUUUUUAUUUCCAAAACAAUUUUACUUUUCUUCUUACAUCAAGCCAAACUGAAAUUAUUAACAAAAAAUACUUUUGUAGAAGGAUGGGACAGACUUUAGAUCUAUACUAAAUUUUGUAUGUGACACAUAAAUGAUAAAAGUAUUAAAACAUAUUAUCAAUUUAAACUUAUUAUAUUAUGCUUAUGCCUUUACAACCUUCGUCUCGACAUUGUUACAACCAGUGGACCACACCUGGUCAAAGAUUUAAAAGCAGAAACCACAAGCAGAAUGUCCGUAAAUUAUGCCACAGGGUUGUCUUCCUAUGACUACAAAGGAAAGUGUGGCAUGCCUGAGAAGUUUGAUUCUGAGGCCAUUUUACAGGACAAGAUUUGUGAGCUGGCCAACAUGGUACGACAGAGUCGGCAUCUCGUUGUUCACACUGGAGCAGGUAUCAGCACCUCUGUGGGAAUUCCUGACUUCCGUGGUCCAAAAGGGGUUUGGACUCUAGAAGAGAAAGGACAGCAGCCCGAGGUGAACAUCACGUUUGAGUCUGCUAUUCCUUCUCCAACUCACAUGGCUCUUGUUGAACUGGAAAGACUUGGCAUAGUGAAGUAUGUUGUCAGUCAGAAUGUUGAUGGUCUACAUCUCCGGUCUGGAUUUCCAAAAAACAGGCUCUCCGAACUCCAUGGAAAUAUGUUUGUCGACCAGUGCAACAAAUGUGGUUGCCAAUAUGUCAGAAAAACAUGUUCUCCGACCCUGGGAUUGAAGCUUACCGGUGAAUCAUGUACCCAGCGUAAAUCUCGUGGAAAUUGUAGAGGAAAGCUGACAGACACAAUUUUGGAUUGGGAGGAUUCUUUGCCAGACAAAGAUCUUGAUUUGGCAGAUGAGCAUGGAAAGAAAUCUGACCUCAGUCUUUGCCUUGGCACAUCUCUGCAGAUUGUACCCAGCGGCAAUAUACCAUUGUUGACAAAACGCAAUGGAGGGAAGUUGAUUAUCGUUAAUCUCCAGCAGACUAAACACGACAAACAAGCAUCUCUGAAAAUCCAUGGAUACGUGGACACGGUUAUGACGAAACUCUGUGAACAUCUGAACGUAAAAAUCCCCAGGUUUGAUCGACCGCAAAUUGUCUUACACUCCAUUCACACCCACAAGGAUGAGGAGAGGGUUAACAUGGUUGUUACUGAUAAAAGUCUGCUACCUGAAUGUGAUGAUGAUGAUGACAAAAUGUUGCAUUUAAAAUUUCAGAACAGUGCUAUGUCUAGAAUUGUGCAUUCACAGUCGGUGAAGAGUGAAGCGAGGACCAACAGGGUAAAGAAAGAAAAGUGUGCUAAAUUUGUGAAAGAUGAAAAUGUUUCAGAUAGUGGCAAUGACAAAAAUAUUUGUGUCAAAGAAUUUGUGAAAGGUAAAGAAAAAGAUGAAUUAAAAGCAGCAGAAUAUGACACCAGUGGACAUGAAAAGAUUGCACUUUUGAAAGAAGAUUCUAGUCUGAAGGAAGAAACUGACAUUCAGGAAAACAUGGCACAUUCCAUGAAGAAUAGUGGAACAGAUGGGCUGACAAGUCUAAAAUGUUCACCAAACCACAUAGCAGAAAACACAAGGGACACAGAAGAAUCACUUUUAAAGAGAGACCAGAAUAUUGCACCAUCCGAUGGUUUGACUCCAGUUACAGAUAAACAGUUGCAUAGACAUUCAGUGUUGGACAUCUGUAAGAGUAAAUCACAGGAUGAUGGUGUGAUACCAACACGGGAUCCACUAAGCAAUGACUUAGAUGGACUACGCCAGACAGAGUGCAGUGAGGAGAAACAUGCUGAUGGGGAACCACACAAAAAGAUAAAAAAAUUAGAAUAAACACAAACACAUGUACAUACUAGAAACAUUUGCACAAAACAAUCCUCAGAAAUUUCUUCUUUUUUUUUUUAAAUUGCAAAGAAUGAGAUGAAUUUUGCAAAUAUUUGGGAUACAUGUUACGCACAAUAUUGAUGUGAAUUUCUUUAAACAUUUUUUUUUUAAAUACCUAGUACAUGCAGAUUAGCUGUAUGCCUCUUCUAUAUAUGUAUAUUUCCAAAUAGCAUUCUUAGUGUUAAUAAACGUGUAGAGUGAC